AUGACAACCGCUGGCCCCAAUGCGCGAACAGACUCUCAUUUUCUGACGGCCACCCAACCCUUGCAACAUCAUCGACUUGACAACAACAUCAUCAAUCAACAACUUGCGAGCUUGAGCGAUAGCAAUCGUAAACCACGACAGGCGCGCAAGCCAUCCCCUGGCCUUGCUGCACGCCUCAGGGCCUUGGGCUUUGGCAAAAACUCGAAUGGAUCCACGCCGUGUCGCUCCCCUACCCACGAUCGAAUUGGACGGAUCCCUGAGGACCAGAUUCAGAAACUCGACCUCAUUCACCGCGCCAACUCCGUGAAAGCUUUGCAGUCUCCUAGCAUUCACUCGCGCGGACGUGCAUGGAGCGGCACCAGUGGACACCUCACACCUCAAGUUACAGGCGGAAGCUUCACGAGUUACAACGAGAUUCCGCCCAUCGAAUUUCUACCGCAGGCUGAUCUGAGCGUUUUUGAAGAAGGAACACAAUCUCGAGUUGAAUCUGCGGCGAGUGAGCGAGAGGAGGGAAUGAGCACACGUACGGAGGAGAUUGACAUGGACUCGCAGAAGUCCCGGCUGCCUGAACACACCAAUGGGAAUGGGACGCAGGCCAUGUUGGAUACCAAGCAGGCUCACAUCGAGAGAGAUAUACCUCCGGAUGAUGAGACGCCGCCGCCGCCUAUAGCCAAAGACACUCCUCCGGGAGGUACGGCGCCUGGCGAAUUCCAGGCAGAUUCCUCUUCGUACUUCAAUCCAUUUCGGCUCCAGCGGCCGGGCUCUAUCUACACACUCUCCCGGGUUUCCUUUGCCAGCCAAUUGGCUCAAUUGACCUCGCUACAGCUCCCCGAUGCCGAGUCGCUCUCCACAAAGGUUUCCGCCAUCCCAACCUCCGUAGCUGCCUCGAAGGCACUGAUGGGAGCCGCGGAACAAAUCAGGAGUUGGAUAUCGAAGGCAUCCGAAGUAGUAUCAGGUCUUGACGGCGAGGAUGAUGUCGAAUGGGCUGCUGCGGGCGGGAGAGAAGGAUUGGAGGAAGUCGAUAAUGCCAUAGUCAGGUUUACGGAACUCAUUAAUGUUUAUGUUUCAGCAAUCGAAUCGCUACAAUCACGGCCAGACAUAGCUUCAGUCUCUGCCGACGAGCUCAGGAAGGUUGUGCUACAGGUCGAGACCAUCCUCUCCGAGUGGGAGAAUAUUCGACGGACAUUGAAAGGGGUCAAGAACUCUGUAGAGCUUGCCAUGGAAUGGGAGGAGCUUUGGAAUAUCGUCUUGGGAGAUAUUGGAAACGAAAUGGACGUGCUGGCCCGACUGGUAUUCGAGAUGGAGGAGAAGAGACACAGAUCCUUGAUGGCAGAAACAGGUGCAGAUGGGGGAGUGGAUUUGAACGAACUUGAGACCAUAGUAGAAGAGACUCCCCCGUCAAAGACGAAACUGGCUGUGGCCACUCGUUUCAGCGUACCAGGAACAUCAUUCCCGCUUAGUCCAAGCUCCCCUCAUCCUGCAGCCCUUUCAUCUCAGGAUGAUUCAAGCUUGCUGGCUUUAUUUGCAAGAAUGCAGCCUUUACGAGCUUCCCUGGACUUUCUCCCAAUGAGGCUAUCAAAUUUCCAUCACCGAGCAGAAAAGAUAUUUCCUACAGCUUGCCAAGAGCUUGAAACCCGACGGGCUGGGCUAGAGGGCAGCUGGAAGAAUCUUGAAAAGGAUGCUGAAUCUCUUAGAAGAGAGUUAGGCGAAGAUCGUUGGGUUCUAGUCUUCCGAGGGGCUGGUCGACAGGCACAGAAAAUGUAUGAGUCCGUUAAUCGAAGUGUCACCAAGCUCAAGGAGGUAGUGGAAUCCGGAAUUCAUCUUCAGAGCCCAGGUUCGAUGGGUAAGAAGAUUGAAAGUUACGAGGCAAAGAAGAUGCACUAUGGACCGGCUAUUGAGCGUGUCUUGUCCAUCAUCGAGAGGGGAGUGAAAGAUCGCCUUACGGUUAAUGGGGAGAUCUUACGUCUUCAUUCCGAGAUGCAUCGCAAAUGGGAUGCAUUAAAGGAACAGAUGAGCGAGCUUGAUACGAGUCUCGAGGAAAUACAAGCGGACAAGAAGAACCAGCAACUUCGCGACUCGAUUUCGAGCAUGCUCUCGAACGACCGAUCCACGCUUGGAAGCCACUAUGACACUCCAGGCAGCUCGCCAGCCUCUUCGGUGGUGCUGAGUGGUGUUAACAGCGGCGUUGGAGACAUGGCGACACCUGUGAAGAACGGCAAAGUCCGUUCUGGCAGCAGCCUUCCAAAGCCAGGUGCCCGGAGAGUAAGCAACCCUGGUGCAAGCCAGCUGCCUCGAAAGGGGUUGACCAACCGACUUUCGACUAUUGCUGCUCCUGUCACACGUGCCUCUCCUUCACCGGCUUCUUCCAGACAAGGCUCGGCUACGCCAACAGGAAAUCGUCUUCCACGACCAUCGUCGACUCACAACCCGGACGGAAGGCCACGAUGGAACUCGAGUGUUAUCAUUCAAGACAAUUUGACUGGCCAUAACUUCAAGCCCUUGAGCUUGACAACCCCAAGUCCCCAUGUCAGGACCAAGCCACCUUCCGCCCACGCAAACCGCCACCUUUCGGUCGACUCCAAACUACCCUUACGGUCGCCGCUUAGCCGCGAAAAUACGGCUUCGCCCGCACCAGAAAGCACACCCUCACGCAAAUCACAUUCCCGUGCUGGCACCCGCCGCACCAGCCCAGGUCCCUACUCCCAGCAAGUCCUCAGUCAAAACUCGCUGCCUACCCGCCCCCGCAUGCUCACAUCCAAAAGCUCCACGUCCAAUCUCGCGAACUCAACAAACCGACGGGCGUCGUUCCAGCCUCAAGCCAGCGACCCGAAUACCUUCAGCAGUCCUCUUUCGAAAGCUUCAAGACCCAUGAGCUCCCUGGCUACGAACAGACGCGUGAGUCUGCUGCCUCAACCCCGGGGGAGACAGAGCUCGGGCUCGAAUGUCACGGGACGGGAGACUCCGCAGGUGAGAGUUGGGAGCGCCAUGAGAACCAAUAGCCGGAUGGGCACUAGCGGUAAUGGGCAUGAGAAGAAACCGUGGAAGUGA